AGUUUGUCCUCGCUGCUGCUUUCAUGUGGCGCACGGGAGACUGACUGAGCUCUCCAGUCUUGCCCCGCUCGACGUGCUGAGUGGACCGGCGAGCGAGACCAGAACACGACCCCUCUUCCCGGCCUGGGUGAGACUUUAAUUUGGACCCACUAGCUCGUAGCUAACAGCUGUUAGCUACAGAAGUAGCUCAGCACAAUGGUCCGGAUGAUUCAAAACUCCAUCUCGCUUGUAAUUACUGUACAGCUCUUAUAUUCAACUCUGGCUGAAGAGGAGAGCAGGGAAUGCAAAGAGCAGGAGUACAAGGACCAGUUUGGGAAUUGUAAACCCUGCAAGCAAUGCGAUGCAGGACAGGAGCUAUCAAAGGAAUGUGGCUUUGGUUAUGGAGAAGAUGCCCGGUGUGUACCCUGCAGGACCAGUCGCUUCAAGGAAGACCGCAUUCUCCAGAAGUGUAAGCCUUGUCUGGACUGUGGACUCAUCAACCGCUUCCAGAAGAGCAACUGUUCUACUACCAGCAAUGCUGUGUGUGGAGAGUGCCUGCCUGGGUAUUACAGGAAGACAAAACUAAGUGGCUUCCAAGACAUGGAGUGUAUACCCUGUGGAGACCCUCCGCCUCAGUAUGAGCCUCAAUGCAGUGGGAGAGUAAACCUGGUGCCUCUGCCCUCGGUGGUGAGCAGUCCUCGCGACAUGGCCCUGGCUGCAGUCAUCUGCAGUGCUCUGGCUACAGUGCUGCUGGCCCUGCUGGUCCUGUGUGUCAUCUACUGCAAGAGGCAGCUGCUGGAGAAAAAGCCCAGUGCGGCGUCUCUGAAGUCCGAGGACUGUCAGUACGGCGGGGCCGAGCUGUCCUGCCUGGACCCGCGCUGGCUCCAAGACUUUCCCCAGGGAGCCUGCUGCCAGUGUCACCUUGGCCCCGGACACACAUGUGGUCAGGUCCACCUGAUCCCGUCACUUUGCUGCGAGGAGAGCUGCAGUCUGGACAACGCACACUUUUGCUCUCACACCAGCCUCAACGACAGAAACCCGGAGCAGGACGAAGGACUGGCAGGGCAUGCUGAGACCGCGCCAACAGAGGCCAUCUCGGAGGGUUUACGGAAUCUAGAAGACGACGAGGGCGGACGCAGCCCGAGGGAGAAUUCCCCCGAGAGAAAGCCAAGCGAGCAGCUGGUGUCGACCAGGGAGGGUGAGGAUGACACACAUUGCUUUGCUUCCAGCAGCCUAGACUCACCAACAACAGAAGCGUCCGGAUCUCCUUUCACACGACUCGCCUGAACUCACCACUCCCUCCCCCUCGCUCCCAUUUAACGCACUCUCCAGUGUGGUCGCAAGUCGCAGCUGACCACCGAGGUCAAACAAAGUACAAAGAAAAGCCACGAUGUGAAGUGGCCACAUGUCCAGCAGAUGAAAGUGAAUGAAGUUCAAACACGGACGACGAUUGACUUGACCACACAUCGCAUCUGACGUUUGCGUAUAAAGUCGUGACGUGUGGAGAGGCAAAUUAAUGCACAUUGAAGGCAAUCUUAAGAACACACAAGAGGCUUGUUCAAGUGAAUUGUAGAUAAAUGUACAAUAGUAAAUAGUUGCAUAUUUUUGUAACAUCGCCAUGACUGAUCUCACAUGCUGCAUUUGUAUGUCGAUGGUCCCUGUACUUGUUUUAUAUCUUUGUAAAUAAAACACUUCUUCUUCUU